AUGUCCCAGCAAAAGUCGGCUAUCCUCUCCGUCUAUGACAAGACCGGACUCCUUGACCUGGCCAAGGGCCUGGUUAAGCAGAAUGUCCGUCUGCUUGCGUCCGGCGGCACUUCGAAGAUGAUUCGUGAGGCUGGAUUCCCUGUUGAGGAUGUUUCGGCCAUCACUCACGCUCCCGAGAUGCUCGGUGGUCGUGUCAAGACCCUGCACCCCGCGGUUCACGGCGGUAUCCUUGCCCGUGACAUCGAAUCCGAUGAGAAGGAUCUAUCCGAUCAGAACAUCGCCAAGGUCGACUUCGUCGUCUGCAACCUAUACCCCUUCAAGGAGACCGUCAACAAGGUCAACGUCACCAUCGCUGAGGCCGUCGAGGAGAUCGAUAUCGGCGGUGUGACCCUCCUCCGGGCUGCUGCCAAGAACCACGCUCGUGUCACCAUUCUCUCUGAUCCCAAUGACUACCCUGAGUUCCUGAAGGAGCUGGAGACCGGUGAGAUCUCCGAGGACAGCCGUAAGCUGUACGCCCUCAAGGCCUUCGAGCACACCGCCGACUACGACUCCGCCAUCUCGGGCUUCUUCCGCAAGCAGUAUGCCGGUAACGGUGAGCAGUAUCUCCCCCUGCGCUACGGCACCAACCCCCACCAGAAGCCUGCCGCUGCCUACAUGCAGGAAGGCAAGCUGCCCUUCAAGGCUUUAAAUGGCUCCCCCGGCUAUGUCAAUCUGCUCGACGCUCUCAACGCGUGGGCUUUGGUCAAGGAGCUCAAGCAGGCUCUUGGUUACCCUGCUGCUGCCAGUUUCAAGCACGUCUCGCCUGCCGGCGCCGCCGUCGGUGUCCCCCUGACCGAGAAGGAGCGCAAGGUCUACAUGGUCGAUGACAUUGCCGGUAUCGAGUCCUCCGGCCUGGCUCAGGCCUAUGCUCGCGCCCGUGGCGCCGACCGCAUGUCCAGCUUCGGCGAUUUGCUUGCCCUCAGCGACGUCUGUGACGUCCCCACUGCCAAGAUCAUCUCCCGUGAGGUCUCGGACGGUGUCAUCGCUCCCGGUUACACUCCCGAGGCUCUGGAGAUCCUGUCGAAGAAGAAGGGUGGCAAGUACCUUGUCCUGCAGAUGGAUGAGAGCUAUGUCCCCGCCGCCGAGGAGACCCGCACUCUGUACGGUGUCCAGCUCAGCCAGCACCGCAACGACGUUGUCAUCUCGCCUGAGAAGACCUUCAACACCAUCAUCACCCCCAAGGACCUGAAGGCCCUCCCCGACUCCGCUCUGCGGGAUCUCACCGUGGCUACCAUCGCCCUGAAGUACACUCAGUCCAACUCGGUUUGCUACGCCCUGAACGGUCAAAUCGUCGGUCUGGGCGCUGGUCAGCAGAGCCGUAUCCACUGCACUCGUCUGGCCGGCGACAAGGCUGACAACUGGUGGAUGCGCUUCAACGACCGCGUUAUCAACAUCAAGUGGAAGGCUGGCACCAAGCGCGCUGACAAGAGCAAUGCCAUUGAUCUGCUCUGCUCUGGACAGACUCCCCGCAACGAUGCCGAGAAGGCCGAGUACGAGCGUGUCUUCGAGGAGGUUCCUGCUCCUUUCACCCAGGAAGAGCGUGACAGCUGGCUCGCGAAGUUGGGCGAGGUCGCCGUCUCCUCCGAUGCUUUCUUCCCCUUCAUCGACAACGUGUUCCGUGCCGCUCGCUCGGGUGUCAAGUACAUCGCCGCCCCCAGCGGCAGCCAGAACGACGGCCCCGUCUUCGAGACUGCCGAGAAGCUUGGCAUCGUCUUUGUUGAGCAGGGCACUCGUUUGUUCCACCAUUAA